AUGCUUCAACGGAGCAUGAAAGUUGUCUCUUCCGGUGCUGUGCCUGUUUCCGGAUCACCCGUGGUGGGCACUUCUCUUCCGAGAGUUUUAACUAUACGGUCUCCUGCACAAGUUGGAUCUGGUGGUACCAUAAUAAGCGGAGUCCCUGGGGUCACCACCAUGCGACCGGGCACUAUUAUUUUAUCCAGUGCGGGGAACAUAUCCCAGUUGGGAUCCGCGGCAUUUCCAACGUCCGAAGAAAUCGAUAACAGUGUUGUUUUGGGUCCGAACGCUGAAGGUGUGCAAGCCCCUGGUUUGCUAGCUACACACUCAGGUUAUUAUGAUCUAACCACGGGGCUUCCUGCACCAGGUGCCAUGCCGGGUUAUCUUCAACCCGGAAGUCCCUCGGGACGGGAUUCAGGCGAUGAGCAGGAGCAUAUGCCUACGGGGUUGAAAACCAACGGUUUACGGCGAUAUGCAAGGUGUGUUUGCAAUAAGGUAAAAGAAAAAGGCGUGACUUCUUACAGUGAAGUUGCCGAUGAGUUGGUCCACGAGUACGCGGCGGAACAUCCAAUGAUUCCAUCUGAACAGCUCCACUACAUCCAAAAGAAUAUUCGUCGUCGUGUUUACGAUGCACUGAACGUACUCAUGGCAUUAAAUGUACUUCAGAAAGAAAAGAAAGAGAUUCGCUGGGUUGGUUUACCAGUCAACAUGAUCGAGGAGUGUCGGCGACUAGAGGAGGAGAGAGAAAAACGUCAGGUAUCACUCCGAAACAAGCUUAUGGCUCGCUUAUUCACAAUCAACAGCGAAGUGUUGCGCGCUCGACAGAGCGCUACGAAACAGUUUAGUAACUCACCACCGUCAGAUUCUCACUCAGCUAUUCCGAUACGCGUCCCACGGUUCAUCAAAAUAGAUCCACCGUCUGAGGCGGAGAUCCGCAAUGUGAUCCAAGCCAGGCGAGGAACACCCGAGGAGCAGGCUGGGUUUCGCGCUGGUCGUGGAUGCAUCGAUCAGAUAGGUUCGCACCGUCCGACAGCUGCACGGGCACCGUCAUCCCAACCAAAGACCAAAAGUCAUUGUAUCCUUAGACUUCCGUGCAACUUUCGAAUUUGUCGAUAA